UUCAGCCAGGCUGAGCGACCCGGGUUCCAAAAUCCUACGGGAGGGGACGGAAACGACCUCGGCGGCUGGUUCCGAGGCUCUGUGGACCCGGCAGCGGCGGGGUUCCGAAGCCGGCCCACGGCAGAAGCGCUGCCUCUUGGGAGCACCCUAGACUCUAUUCGCUGGCUUAGAACCUGCGACAGUCGAAGUUCCUAGUGCUGAGUGGAGGGUCCGGAAAGAGGAGCCUUAGGAAGGCAGAGCAGGGUAGGCCGCGGCGGGUUUUUCAGGGCUGAUGGUGUAUUCCGAAGUGGGAGUGACCCAGUUUAGAGCAGGUGGUCGGCGGUGGAGGCGGGGUCGGAAAUCUUAUAAAACAGGGCGCAAGGCGUCAUGAGCCACGCCACGAGGCUCCACAUCUGAAAGCUAGCUGGAUAGACGACGGACCACCGAUGAAGCGGGCCCGACGCUAAUGCCCCCGGUACACACCUUGACGUUUCUCAGGGUGCCAGGGCAGGAUGUAUACGCUGCUUUCGGGGCUGUACAAGUACAUGUUCCAGAAGGACGAAUACUGCAUCCUGAUCCUGGGCCUGGACAAUGCUGGGAAGACAACCUUCUUGGAGCAAUCAAAAACACGGUUUAACAAGAACUACAAGGGGAUGAGUCUAUCUAAAAUCACCACCACCGUGGGUCUAAACAUUGGCACUGUGGACGUGGGAAAGGCUCGUCUCAUGUUCUGGGACUUAGGUGGGCAAGAAGAGCUGCAGUCUUUGUGGGACAAGUACUAUGCAGAGUGCCAUGGUGUCAUCUAUGUCAUUGACUCCACUGAUGAGGAGAGACUGUCAGAAUCCAAAGAGGCAUUUGCAAAGGAGUUCGAGAGGGCAUCGAAUGGAUGGUGAAGUGUGUCGUGAGGAACGUUCACCGGCCACCACGGCAGAGGGACAUCACAUAAGCAAUGCCAGCUUUGCAGUCUUGGGACUAUUCAUCCCUGGUGUUGGAAGAGUGCUCCCUGCUGGCUGUGUGCUACCGAUGCUGGGGUUGAGCUGUGUUUGUUCAUUCAUUUAUUCGCUUUAUGUUUUCUCUAAGACAAACUUUUCUCUGUGUCUGGAAAAUGUAGGUAUCCAGAGACAAAUGGGGGGCACACGGGUCAUCCAGCUCUAGAUGCCCUACCUCCCAUUCCACUCCAUUCCAGAUCUGGGACCCUCCCAAACCUGUAAGGAGGGGUUGGGGUGAGGCUACCCCAAGGUUUGCCUGUUGGCCCAUUUCAAAGUGGAGUUUGAGGGCAUCCUGCUUGAAAUGGGAGGUCUGUUUCUGGCAGCUGCUUUGUCCAGCUUGCCCAUGUAAAAGGUGGGAAUGGCCAGGGCUAAUCCCCACUUGGAGAAAGACUUAGCCCACAUUCCAGAGGCCAGCAUGGCCCCUUGUUGUUUUGUUUGGAGUUGAGUUUUCUGUAACCCAUGUUAAGCCAGAACCCUUUGCCUCCUUCCCUGUACCUGUGGGAAUUAGAGGUGUGGGGGCACCACACUCACCUUUCCACUAGGUUUUGAUACAGUCUCAAGACAGGGUUCAGUAGACCUGCCUGGGAAGUCUGACUUCCCUUAUUCUCUCUGAUUUAUCUCCAAAGGAGAAAGCUGAUCUAGAAAUCUCGCUGAGUGUACACUUCAGUGCUCCCAUACUCAGGUUGUGUGGUGUCCUGAGGGCACACCUUUCACCAGGUUAUUAGGUGUUGCUAUAGCUAGUGCAGGUGGGCUCGGUCCCUACAGGAUCCACAUCAGUGAAGUGCUGGAUGGGUGUGAGGUGCGGAUUCCUGGGGGGCAGCAGCCCUGCCCACUAAGCCUACUAGGUUAAAUUCUUCCUCAUGUGGCCAGGAUAAGGUUGUAAAAUAAAAAGUGGCUCCUGUCCAAUCA